GAUUGUGAUAAUCUCGCGAGACGUGCCGCCCCUCGACAAGCAGGCUGCGUUGUUUCUGUGAGCUGAAACCGUAGAAGAAGAAGAAGUGAAGGCGGGGGGGGCGAAAUCAAAAUGUCCGCUCCGAAAACAAUCCCGAAAGAUGCUCAGGUGAUGAUCCAGAUCCUGAAGGACAUGGGGAUCACGGAGUACGAGCCUCGAGUCAUCAACCAGAUGUUGGAGUUCACCUACAGAUACGUGACGACCAUCAUCGAGGACGCCAAAAUCUACGCCACACACGCCAAGAAGUCCAGCGUGGACGCGGACGACAUCAAGCUGGCCAUCCAGUGCCGCAUGGACCAGUCGUUCACCUCGCCGCCACCUCGAGACUUCCUGUUGGAGGUUGCGAGGCAGAAGAACCAGACGCCCCUCCCGCUGAUCAAACCCUACACAGGACCUCGGCUCCCCCCGGACCGCUACUGUCUGACGGCGCCCAACUACAGACUCAAGUCCGUACAGAAGAAGGUGUCGUCGUCUGCCAGCAGGAUAUCUGUGCCUCGCCUCAGCGUGGGCGCCGUGUCCAGCAGACCGAGCACGCCGACCCUCGGAACGCCGUCUGUCCAGUCCGUCGCCACCAAAGUCGGAGCUCCGGUGUCGCUGACGGGUCAGAGGUUCACCGUGCAGAUCCCACCGGCCUCUCAGACCGCCACCACCAAAACCACCACGCCGUCCACGCCCGUCUCCAACGUCCUCAUCAACCCGUCUGUGAUCGGCUCCAAGAACAUCCUCAUCACCACCAACAUGGUGCUGCAGAACUCCGGCGGGGAGUCGCUGAAGAGGAAGCACGAAGACGACGACGACUACGACGCUUUAUGACGGCGUGACUGAAAUAAAAACGCCACCUUUUUAAUAUCCCCUAAUGUUCCCACCGGGAGUCGACCAGUACGACCAGGAAUGAUUUACAAUAAACUGCAUUCACAUAAA